CUCUCGAAUGCUGUUCGUAAGUAAGGACUCUCAGGUUGGGUCUUUCCCUCCACUUCGUCUGCCUUGUGAAUGUAACAUCCAUCUCGUUUACUUUUCCCAUCGUCUAGUUGGUGCCAGUCCCCAGGAAGGAAUGAGCAUGCUGCCACACUGUAACCUAGUAGUGGAGAGCUGGAGGAGGGGAAAAUCAAGGGUCAUAGGUCACCAGUGCCAGACUGGGCUACAUGAGAGCUUGUCACACACAUACACACUUUAGAGAAAGCCUCCCAAAGUUUAUAGAGACUUGUCAGGGAUGGGCAGGAAGACAAGGGUGGGAGGAAGGCUGUAUGCAUGAGUCAAGGCAACAUGGGUUAGAGAAGAUGCCACCCCUGAAUGGAAGCAGGUGACCACACUGCAAAGGGAAACCCCACCCAGGGAGACAAGGCUCACUCUCGUGUGUCCCCCGGGAGGCACCCAGUCCCUCCACUGAGGGCAGGGCCACCAGACUCCUACACUAAUUUAUGCCUUUGUUUUUCAGCUGAGGGAUCCAACGCUGUAAUACCUGUGGACAUAUGUUGUCAACCAGCACUGAAGCCUAGCUGUUGUCAACAGCUAGCAAUCAAACCUAGCUGUUGUCAGCCUUGUCAGCCUUGUCAGCCUUGUCAGCCUUAUCAACCUUGUCAGCCUUCUCCGCCAGACACCUUGCCCUUAUUAAUUACACAGAGAACUUCAAUGAAAAAGCCAUCAGGUAAAUGCUGUAUCCUCUCACCCCUUUGGCUGUCUUUCCCAGCAUGCUAGACUUUGAGUCUCUUUAGUUUUAUUCUGAGCAGCUCUAAAGUCUCUGGCAAAUAACAGACCCUACAGACAACAAGUCAGACAGUGAGCCACCUGCCUGAGGGUGGCUUGAAGUCAGGUAUUUUCCUUUUGAACAUUUUAAAUCGGGUUAUUUUGCUUAUGACUUAUUCACAAUGGCAGAAGAGUGGUUCUGUUGAUGGGCUACUGUGUAUAGCUUGUUGUAUCUAUAUGAUGUCACCACAGCAAACUAGUCAGCACCCUCAUUCUCUACACUACCCCCUUUCUUCGUUCAGUACUUGUCAGUCAUCCUCUGUUAACCCCUUCUACAACAUGGACUGCUUUGUCAGGAACUACCGGCCCUCAUUACAGCAGGCCGGAAAGUAUCCCUGCUGUUUUGAACAGUUUUCACAAACUGUCACCUGUGGAAAAAAAUAUUACCUGCUGUUUUUCUUGUUAGAGUUUAUAGGUGACUGGGAUUUUAAAAAAGAAAAGUUAGAAACAGCAGGAAUCAAAUUGAGUUAGCAAAGUCAAGCCACCUGUUACUCAUACACAAAGGAAAAGAGAAGGUGGCCCCACUGAGCUCCAGGCAGGGCCAGGCAGGAAAAGGCCAGCCCUCCAAGAGCUCACUCACUCCUGCAUUUAACUGUUCCUGACAUGUUUUGGAUCCAACGAGGUUGAGAGAAAGGCAAAAGGUGGUCUCCUGCUCCUACAUCUAACCACUAACAAAGACGCCUUAAGAGAAUGUGAGAGUGUAUUUCUAGCCUCACUGAAGAAGACUGUGAGGAUCUCUCGCUCUGCACUGGCUUCACCAACUACUGCAAUUCUAAGGAAUGUCCUGUUUGAUCGGUACCUGCUCAGUGCAGGCCUGUCUGUCUCCAUGUUAGGGGAGAUCACAGGGCCUCCCAAGGAGCAGAAUCUCCUGAUUUUUAAAGGAUAGGGCCCAAUGACUAGUGGAACCCUCGGCACGACACUGUUAUCCUGGUAAGUACAUGUUUUUACAUACUUAGAAAGACUCCGGAGUGACAGAUGAGUAGAACCAACACCUACCAGAUGUCCUCUGACUCCAACAUGCACACCAUAGCAUGCAAUGCUCAGAGGGGCAGGGAGGGGUUGCUAAUAAAUAAACAGAGCUGAGGCAGGCUCCCAAGCCAAGCUGCACUAGAGCAUCCCAGCAAUUCACAAAGUUCCACCCCGUUUGACUCAGUGGAAGAAAACUGGCAAACAGAAGUUAGAAUUGUGUGAGCUCUCCCAACUCUUCAACAAAGAGACUUAAGUACACAGGGAAGAUGUGUACAUAGGCAAAGCAGGAAGAGUCUUGAGAGAUGAAGUAACAAAAUGGGGGCUAUGUGGGUGAGGUGGGGCAAAAGCCAGAGAGAAGGAGCUGCUACAGUGUUUCAUUUUCCAGAGAAACUGGUCACCAAAGUGGCUAACAAAGGAGAAUGUCUCUUCACCUGUUCAAAAUGCCCAUGUUACUGUAAGAAGAACAACACAAGGCGGCUGCUCCCCAGGAAGGGCUGGGGGGGGGGCUCUUCUGAGGUCAGAAUGCCUGUCUGGAAAGAAGUUUCCCUUAGAAGUCAUUUCUGUUGCCCAUGUCAGCCCACACUAACUGUCUGUAUUUAGAUUUUUAGCCCAUGUAGCAGAACCUAUCUGUAAGUGGUCUUUCUUUUCAUCAAUCUGGUGGAAUUAAGGAUCCCACAAUGGAGAGAAUACAGUUUCUAACCGAUCUCUCUUCGGAGGAGUGCUUCUAUUUAUGAAUACCCAACCCUCAUCCUCUUCCUGAAAAAUCUGUUACUAAUUAUUCAGUAGGAAGGUAAACACUUGACAGAAACAUUGAGGGGGAUAAAAAUCUCCCAGACAACUUUUUUCCUAAUAGCUUUUCUCCCCUUUUUGUAAAUUGUUUAUUUAUCGUUUGUGUGCAUUGAUGUUUCGCCUGCAUGUAUGUCUAUGUGAGGGUUCAGGUUCCCUGAAGGUGGAAACACAAAUGAUUGUGAACUGGACUUCUAUGUGGGUACUGGGAAUGGGCCCUCUGGAAGAGCAGCCAAUGCUCUUAACCAUUGAGCCAUCUCCCCAGCCCAACAAGAGCUUUUCAUAACACAUGAAACUCUCCAUGCUCAGGAAGAAAAACUGUGGAGGAUACACAGGUAUUCAGAUAGCCAGGAGGAGUGCAGGGCACACAGACUGGAGGAGGGAGAGGGAGGUGGGUAGGAUGGGAAAGGGGAACUGAACACAUGGCAGCCAGUCACAUCAGACCAGUCCCCCUUCCUUUAGAAAAUACUCAAGCCUCUUACCAUAGAAAGCUUCCCCCAGGAGGUCUGGUGUCAGUAGAAGGGGGGGAGGGAGGGGGAGAGAGAGAGAGCCUGUACCCUUGUUUCAAAUAUUCUGCUAAUAUGUUUUUUGUUUCCUGUUGUCCGGCCAGUCGCCCCAAGCCUUUUGGGUUUGCACCGAAAGGCUGGGUUGACAGCUCCUGGGAACUCAUUCUGUUCCCAGAUUGCAAAGGCCAGAUGGUAAGACAUGGAGGGAGUGUAACCUUCCAGGGUAUCGGAGAUGACCAAAUAAAGUGCUGUAAGGAGUGGAGAAGAUGCCAGUGUGAAUACUGCUGUCCAAAGAGAUUCGAGCCCCACAGACGAGGAACCAUAUGGUGUGAACAACCAGCUCCUUCCUCUUCUCAUCAGCAUCAGCAUCAGCAGCAGCAGCAGCAGCAGCCACCACCGCCGCCGCCUCCACCACGAAGUCAAGAUGCUCAAGUAAGGGGUGACCAAAGAAUGGAAAGUGAAAUUGAUGCCCAGACCAUAUGUUAUGAAGAGCCAUUCCUUUUCAGAAGACUGGAGUCCCUGAUAAGGAGGAACCAAGACGGGAUAGUAAUAAAGCAGAAUGAAGAUGGCUUUCUGAUAAAGAAGGCAGAGGAAGGCAAAAAGAAAAAGAAAACAUCCAGGAGGGCAUCAGCACACCCAGAAACAGAUUCUGAUUCCAGCGCUCCACAGACCGGAGAGGCUCCUUUCGAAAGUAAACCACCCGAAGAACAACCAGAGGGAGAAGAGAAGAAACGCAAGAAAGAAAAGAAGAAAAAGAAGAAAAAAGACAAAGACGGCUGAGAAAGGAGGAGGAGGACAGGGCAAAACAUGGCCUCCAAUGUGAUCUCCCCAUCAGAUACAAGCCGCAUCUGCCCUCACCCCGGUGCAUCAUGGUUAUAAAAUCCAAUCCCUCUAGACAUCUUCAUUUUCUGCUGCUCAGAAGGUUGCCUUUAUCACACCUCCCUGCCACAUCUUCAUCUUCCAAAUUUUGCUUUAUUAGUCAACAUAUAUAAUCCAAUUAAGAAAGACGGUGUUAUCUGAAAUAAAAUGUCUUUAGUAAAUAUCUAA